AUGGGAUAUAUUCAAGUAUUAACAUUUGAUUUUAGAAAAUUCACUGCAGCUUCAGAACCAAAAAAAUAUAUUAAGAAGUCUGUUGAAACAUUCUACAGAUUGACUAGAAAGAGAACUUAUUCUUUGGGUUCCUUUUCUUUUCUUCUACAUAAGCAGUGUACUCAAUGGCUUAAGCAGAAAAACAUAAAAGUUGUUGGUAUAGUGACUAUAGCUGAACCUUUAUUGGGAGCUAUCAAAAAAUUCAAUCCCUAAGUAAGUGGAGCUGACAGUUUUAUAAGUAAAGUCUUAAUCUUGGAUGCUGAUAUUAACUGGUAUACUUAAAAGAAGAUGGCUCACAUUUAUGCUAGUAUUUUAGUAAAAUAUUUGAUUAUUACGGCAAUUACAUUUAUUAUCAAAUGA